CUGUUUUUAUGUGCCAUCGAUAGAUCUCCUCGGUCUCAUUCUGCCGCACGGAGCUCAGAGCUCACUCGUCAGACUGAACACGAUCUUCCUGCAAAGGAAGCACACUUAGUUCAUUUUGGAAGCCUUCCACCACCUCCACCUCCACCUCCAGGGACGGCGCACGUGGCAGCAACUGCAUUCUUACGCCACCAAGGGCAAGCCCAGUCUCAGACGCAACAAACUAUACUUAACUCUCGGCUUACUCAGCGUAUACCACCUAGUCAACCCCAACAUGAUGAGUUUCCAGUCAUGUCCUCUAGAAUAUCAAGAUUGGCCAGCUCUCUUGUUGGUAGUAGUGCCAAUAAUAGUCCUGACUUUUGUUCUGUUCAGAAGCAACAAGCAAGCCUUUCGAUACGUUCGGGUGAGGAUCCAUGUGUGAUUCGUGAGAAAAGAUUACUGGAAAAAGGGAGGGAAGAUAUCACAAAUAAACUCCCUACUCGAUGUCAAUCAGCAAGCUUUAACCAACUCACGUCAGGAGCAUUGCACUGCCAUAAGAAUCCGCCUUUAGUAGCACCAAAGCCAACUGCCGACAGAUCAGAUAUAAUCAGACAGCGGAAUUUAUUUCGUACAGGAUAA